AUGGUUGGUGUUGAACAGAGCAUGUUUUCAAUUAUCUUAAGUGUGGAAUUCAUAAUGGGAAAUUUCGGAAAUGGAUUCAUAGCACUGGUGAACUGCGUGGACUGGGUCAAAAGAAGAAAGAUCUCUUCAGUUGAUCAAAUCCUCACUGCUUUGGCACUCUCCAGAAUUGGUAUGGUUUGGAUUUUUUUCCUAGAUUGGUGGGUACCUGUGCUGUAUUCAAAUUUAUGGGCAACUGUAAUGAUUAUCAGAAUCAUUUAUUCUACCUAUACAGUAAUCAAUCAUUUCAGCAUCUGGUUUGCUACAAGCCUCAGCAUCUUUUACUUUCUCAAGAUAGCCACAUUUUCUAACUCUGUUUUUCUGUACUUAAGGUGGAGAAUUAAAAUAGUUAUUUCAGUGACACUGAUGGUGUCUCUAGUUGUCUUGCUUUUAAACAUUAUGGUUAUAAAUCUAUACAUUGAUAUCUGUGUUGAUGAAUACAGAGGAAACCUGACUGACAGCUCCGGUCUGAGUAGAGAUGUACAUUUUUUCAUACUUUUAUCAUUCACCAUUACUGUGUUCACAUUCAUACCCUUCACCGUGUCCCUGAUCACUUUUCUCCUGCUAAUCUUCUCUCUGUGGAAACAUCUGAAGAGGAUGCAGCACAGUGCUAAAGGGUCCAAAGACACCAGCACCACGGCCCACGUGAAAGCCUUGCAAACUGUGAUCGCCUUCCUGCUACUAUAUGCCAUUUUCUUUCUGUCCUUUCUUGUUCAGUUUUUGACCUCUGGGUUCCUGAACAGUAAUCUGAUUGUGUUUUUGACUAAGGCUGGUGGGGCAGCUUUCCCUACAGGCCACUCAUUUGUCCUGAUUCUAAGGAAUGGGAAGCUGAGACAGGCCUCUCAGUCAGUGCUGUGGUGGCUGAGAUGCAAGUCCCAAGAUUCUGAGCCAUCAGGUCCAUAG